GCUUUUUCCAGCCGCCCACCACCCACCGCGCACUGCCAAAGUCUCCGCUUCGUUUCUUUUUCACUGGGGUUCCCCGUUUAGUCUCAGUGGAUGCGCUGCACCUGCACAGCACAGCACAGCACCACAACCACGCCUCGGGAUAACGCCUAACAUCUCCAAACCACCACACACUCUCUCGUUCGCAAGCUCCCUCCCGCCCAUCACCCUCUCCCUGCCCUUGUCUGACGUCCGCAGUCGGCGCGCCGUUUACAUCUCGUGCUGCCUCCGCUAAUAUCGGAUCACCCAGGGCGUACUUGUUGGCAAACUACCCCCCGCCUUCUACGACGCCUUCUCCCGCCUUCUUUGCUUCCAUCCUCUUCAGACACUCCUCUUCCCCCUACAGCCUUCACUUGUCUCGGCUAUCCACACACCUCGACUUCGCCUCAAAUUCUGCCUUCUGGGGACAUGUAUCCUGGCCAAACAGAUCAUCUUUGACGACCUUUUCUCAAACAUCGACACACCACCAGCCCGCCAGGCAGUCGCACCAGUAGAUCUUGCGCGCGCCGUUGCUCCUCGCUCACCGGCUUUGACCGCUAGCACAGCCCGUCUGCAAUAUCGCAUACUCUGUUACGCCCGGUCUUGCUCCGGGCCACUUGAUUUAUAAACCCCAACAUCUGGUCCACGGCUGCUGCCGUCGCUCUUCGCCAUGGCAUCCACCUUUGCCCAAUCGCAGAGCGACCCAUAUGAUCUCGACAUCCAACCAAGUCCCAACCAAGAUCACUUAGACGACCCUAUAUCUCUAGGUCGAGUAGACAGCGAGUCGUUGACACCAUCCAUUGUUCAUCUCGACACACCUGGAAACGAGAGUAUCAGCCAAUAUCAGCCAAGCGAAUACAGCGAGCUAAACGACCCUUUCUACGGCACCAACUUCAACGACGUCGACGGCGGCCUACCUGACUUCCUAGCCGAAGCUGAUAAUACCUGGAUAGAUACAGACCUCUCGAACCCCCCUCAGAAUGCAACCGACGGUACAUCUUCUUCAUAUCCUCUGACCCCAGCACAAACUGCAUCGAUUCAUACAACCUCCCCCGCUGUUCCCGGGUCGACGAACAAUCAGAAUCCUGCCGCUGCGCAACGGUCAAGCAUACCUACUUCCAUUUCACCAGGAGAUUUACAAGUGCCUUUCAAGCCUCCUACCACCGCCGGACCCUCACAACUCACACCAAACCUGACAAAUAGCGAACGGUCAAGUGUCGACGGCCUCGCACCCGCACCCAACAUUAUGCCUGCUCGAAGCCCUCGUGUCACUGUGUCAUACUUUGAUCAUGAUAGCAAUGAUCCUGUACAUACCAUUGAGGGUGUCCUAGACGAUCAGUUAUCGUCUCGUGCCGGAUCUACAGCCAAUGCGUAUUCUGCUCAUGAUGGCUAUCAUGGCCAUGGCUCAGUAGAUGAUUGGCAGUCUGAAAACGGACGAGGCUAUUCAGGAAUUGACCCGCCAAACCGAACAAAUGAUGAAGUCUCCAUGAACUUCAACGACAUGGCCAAACGCCGCGAAUUGGAGGAACGCAACAGCGAGGUUGGUGAUUGGCUUGCCCACAGCAUCGACGAUGUAUCAGUCCCAGCUGAAAAGUCGGCCGCUGAGAUUGAUGCCAUUAAUCGACCCGGCCAGGCCAGUAACGACAAUAUCGCUUUGGGACAUACGACAACAAACCGAUACCAGCCUGGGCAAACGUACAUCGACCCUACUGGUGGACCUUUGAACGAAAAAGAUCUCCAGAUCCUGCAGUCUCUGUCAAAUUGGGGCGAUGCACCAAGAAUUCAUGCCAUUCGCAAUGGUACGGACAGCAAACAUCAACCCGAGUCCUCCCAGGCGGCGAUUGAGCGCUAUCACAGAAUGAUGCGUGACAACGAAUCUAUAAUAUCUAGGCAAGCCACAUGGGGCACGCGGCGACGAAGCCUGCCUAGUAUCAUCGACGUUGAUAUGGAGGGUAUCACCAGCGGCAACCUUUUCAAACGACUUGCCAUCAGCCGAGGUAACGACAAGAGCAGCAACAAGCCAGCCAGCCUGUUCAAAGAGAUAAGGGAGUUAGUGCGUCGACCAAGCGCUUCUGGGCUUCGAAAACGAUCCCGGAGUGCCCAAGGUCGGGCAUUGGCAGAGGGCAGUGAGCGAAAGCCUUCACAGGAGGAGAAGCGUCGUGAUAGCAGCCCACACCUAUCGCCCAUGUCCCGAACUUCCAGCUGGGGCAAAAAGCAACCCCCAAGCUUUACAACGGCCUUGGUUGCAAUGGGCUCUCCCCUCGCAUCUGUUGGUAGCGGUACUCACUACCGUAGCGGCUCUAUCAGCGGUGGAACUCCCUUGAUGUCUCCCAAGAAUGGCAUACUUGCCGGUCUCUCUGUUUCGAAUCCACUGCGCCGGAGAAGCAAGUCUGAGCUUCCCAAGCCAACACCUGACAUGCUUGGAGAAUCUCAGUCGAAGCUUGGAGACUUAUGGAAGAUGUCUGGCGGUCCACCAGUCCCAACCCUUAAUACUACGACGGCACUCGAUGACAAUGACGACGACGAUGAUGACGAUGAUGAGGAAGACAACUCAAUGAGAACAAACCCGAACAGGAUUGAUGGCAUUACGGCCAACUUUGCCGGCUUCCGUCAGCAUGUCUUGCAGCUAAAUCCCACUUUGGAGAGUGCUGCAGCCUAUCUUGCGGAUCGUAUUGCGCACCAGCAACUCGUCAGGUACAAGCAGUUGCUGAACGUCAAGGUCAAGCACUUGGGUAUGGGUGCCAACUGCCCAAGUGGCUCUGUUUGUGUCGCUCUGGGUGGCUCUGCCAUACCUAUUGAUCAAAAGGGCAACUCAAAGCCUGUCAAUCCACACUCACUGGGCUUUGAUCCUGAUGAUGAAGGCGCUCCACCAGAGGGGCUGAUCAACCAAGAGAGCUUCCCGGCCGAUAUCCCCAUGCCGCCAACACCAGCACUACCCGCAGAGUUUGAAUGCCAGCUCUGUUUUAGCCGCAAACAGUUCCAGAAGCCAUCCGACUGGACAAAGCAUGUACAUGAGGAUGUUGGACCGUUUACGUGCACAUGGCCGGGAUGCCGCGAACCCAAGACCUUUAAGCGCAAGGCAGAUUGGGUUAGGCAUGAGAAUGAAGGACAUCGCCAUCUGGAAUGGUGGAUGUGCGACGUUGAAGAAUGCCGACACAAGUGUUAUCGUCGAGACAACUUCUUGCAGCACUUGGUCCGAGAACAUAAGUUCCAAGAGCCUCGGGUCAAGACCAAGGCUGCGAUUAAAAAGGCUGGUGCUUCAGAUCCAACCUGGCAAAAAGUUGAAAAAUGCCAUGUCAAUACAAGCAAGCGGCCCCAAGACGAACCUUGCCGCUUCUGUGGCCGAACAUUUGCCACAUGGAAGAAGCUCACUGUACAUCUUGCUAAGCAUAUGGAACAAGUUGCACUGCCAGUCCUGCGACUUGUCGAAGCCAAAUCAAAGGAACUUGCCGCCGACACGAUUAUUAGCCCUGUUCAGGAUCCGCCACCCCGACAGAUGAUUCCUUCACCGGUAGAACCUGGAUCGCACGCAAGCCCCUUUCCCGAUAUAUACACACAGGCUCAUCCAACUGUCCUUCCAGGAUCGAUGGGUGCAUUUAAUCAGCAGCCAUCUGGCUUUAUGUACCCCGUGGGGGCCGACGCCAGCAUGAACAUGCAGUUUUACAAUAACAACCAUAUGGCCCAGACGAUGCCUGAACAAAUAGCCAGCCUGAAUGCGGCCAUGAAUCCAGGUUAUCAGAAUGAUCGCGGGCUGACAAACUUGGACACGUCAUCUCCAUGGAUGCAGCCUGCAGAUACGUAUAUGGCUCCAGUCAACGGAGGCGUGGAACCGUUCCCAGAUUUGGGCCAAGUGCCGUCGACAAAUCACCUAGGCUUUGACAAUACGAUGCUAGAUAGGCAGAGCAUGGAGGGUAGCCCAUUUAGCGGCCAGGAGUCUCUAUCGACCUAUUCCCACUCGCCAAACGCCAAUGCCAACACCAAUGCUGGCGCGCAUCCGCCGAAUAUGGGAUGGGGAAACCAUCAGCAACAGAACCACCACCACUAUCGAUGAGUCUUGCGAUGAAUUUACUGCAGCGGAUUGAGUUAUUAGAUAUGUAAAAUUGUAGCACACUGUAUACUUGCAGAUUGGUUUUUAGCAUUGGGCAGACAUAAUGGAGUUGUUUAGUUUGGAUUUUCCGGGUCUACUUUUGCGGGAGAUGUUGCAAGACUACACAUCACCCAUGAUCUCAGCUACGUUGUUAUUUUCUUGUUCAAUAUACCACGCCCAAAACGGCAUUUGUUUACUGAAUAGGCUUCACUAUGCUUUGUAAUGUUGAGUGUGUGC